AUUUUGGGGCAGGCAUCAGUCUUGCAACUACUUUUGUGGCGAAAAGUGAUCCGGGUAAAUCAAAAAAUCAUUUUUAAAACCUACUAUAUCAAAGAAGGACGCAAAAUGCCAGUUCGUUCGAAGUUCCAACCGAUAAGAAAGCGCAGGAUGACCGUAGGUGGAGCCAACCCUUUGGCUGCUCGCGUUGCAGAGAGAAUCAAGCAGCGCAAUUUCCUCGAGAACAUCGGUAACUUUGGUAACCAAGUGCAGAUCAGACGACCGGCAAAUACGCAAAUGUUUCUGGAGAGAAACAGGAAUUCUCGUGACUGGAAUGACAGCAAUUCCAAUUCUCGUAACUGGAAUGACAGCAAUUCCAGGGGGCAAUUCAAUGGGAGUGGUGUUACUCCACCGCCACCCGAGAACCUCGAUUGGGGUUCCAGUUUCGGACGCUCCUUGAGCCAGGACAUGUUCAAUGAGUCCAAUAGACGUAUGCCGAAUGACAAUUUCCAGCAGGAAAAUCCCAAUCCAACUGGUUUUCGCACUAUGGAGGAAUCGUAUUAUCGUUCAGGCCCCGUUCAGGCAGCUCAACCUCGCAUCGAAAUGGAAUCCCAAUCCCAAUCCCAAAUGGGCAAUAAACAUCCUCGCAUGAACAUGGAUCGCAACAAUUAUGAACGCCAAUUCGAGAAUAACCCUACUCGAAUGAACAUGGAUCUUAACAAUCAUGAACCCCAUUUGGGAAUAACCAUCCUCGCAUGAACAUGGAUCGCAAUAAUAGUGGACCCCAAUUUGGUAGUAACCCUACUCGCAUGAAUAUGGAUCACGAUGACGGUUUCAACUCGAGCGGCUAUCAGCGUUUUGAGUUGGACAUCUUGGAACCACCAGCUCAAUUCACAAAUGUCAGGGCCGAGUUUGAACGCCGAGGACUUGGUCAUGAUGACAAUAAACAUGCUGAUGCAGUGCCACGAAGUCCGCAGAUAUUGGACAAGAUAUUCAGCGUUGGGGGCUUUAAAAUGCCCUACGUGACCAAUUUGGUCAACGAACCUCAUGCAUCGGACGCGAGAUCAUACGCAGCGCGCUACUUCAAGAAAUCGCCCGACUAUAUAAUACGCGUGAAUAAGUCCAAGGAGGUGCCCAUGGUCCAGCACAUCUACAACGAUAUGAUGGAGAUCACCGAACUGAGCGAUGAUAUUGAAGGCCGUCUCCUCAGCCGUUUUCGCGACAGUCUGUCCCUUGAGUGGACGAAGAUCUAUCGGGGCAGGAACUACAGGUCCUGGGAGGGUUGGUGGAAGGACUUCCGGAACAUCGAUGUGGACAUCAAGGAGCAGCUGAAGAAUUUCGAUUGCUUCAAUGUGAAGUACAACUUCAUGAUGCCCGGAGGUGAUGCCGCUGCCAGCGAACUGCUCAAGCGGGCCAGCAUCGCACUGGAAAAGAAUCGCAACGACUAUCUGGGGAACAUGAAGAUCGUGUACGCCAUGAUGGACCACCGUGUCCUGGGAAACCUGUCCAUGGAAGCCACCGCUCAGCUGCAGGACAUCAUCCGAUCGGUGCCCAAUCACCUGUGGAUCUACAAGCUGCGCUGCCUGAUCUACGUGUGGUACAACUACAGCCAGGUGAUGAAGUCCAAGGACACCGGCGACAAGAAGUACCAGCUGGUCCUCAAGCAGUGGAAGAGCCCCGUCAUCCACUGGAUGGCCAAGCAGGCCUUCUUCGAGCUGAAGAACAUCAGCAAGUCGGAGUUUCCCCAAUAUCGCGAGCUCUACGGCGCGGCGAGCAAGGUGGCCAAGAAUAACUAAUUUUCCCAAUGUCUUC